GAGCCCGCUCUGCUGCCGGGAAGGGAGGCGCUCGUGCGCGGCGGAGGUUCCAUGGAUCGCUUCGCCUGGACUAGCGGCCUCUUGGAGAUCCACGAGAACCUCGUCACGCAGCAGCGCGGGGUCCGCCUGUACGAUGGGGAGGAAAAGCUGAAGUUUGAUACUGGAGUAUUACUCCUUAGUACACACAGAUUGAUCUGGAGAGAUCAGAAAAAUCAUGAAUGCUGUAUGGCUGUUCCUCUUUCCCAAAUUAUCUUCAUUGAAGAGCAGGCAGCAGGGAUAGGAAAAAGUGCCAAAAUAGUAGUUCAUCUUCAUCCAGUACCUUCCAACAAGGAUCCUGGUCCUUUCCAGAGUAGUAAAUACUCAUAUAUCAAGCUUUCUUUCAAAGAACAUGGUCAGAUCGAGUUCUUCAGGAGGCUGUCUGAAGAAAUGUCUCAGCGCAGAUGGGAGAACAUGCCAGCUUCUCAAGCCAUAGAGGUUAACAGGGGUUCACAGAGUGGGAGAAUAAGAGCUGCAGGGAUUGUUGGCAUUGAGAGGAAAUUAGAAGAAAGAAGAAAAGAGAUGGAUAAAAAUAUUUCUGAGGCUUUUGAAGACCUCAGCAAAUUGAUGGAAAAGGCAAAGGAAAUGGUGGAGCUGUCAAAAUCAAUUGCUAGCAAGAUCAGAGAAAAGCAGGGUGACAUCACUGAAGAUGAGACAAUAAGAUUCAAAUCCUAUUUGUUGAGCAUGGGUAUUGCUAACCCAGUUACCCGGGAAACCCAUGGAUCUGGCACUCAUUACCAUAUGCAGCUGGCAAAACAAUUAGCUGGAAUUUUACAGGCACCUUUAGAGGAGCGGGGAGGAAUAAUGUCUCUCACAGAAGUUUAUUGUCUGGUGAAUCGAGCUCGUGGCCUAGAGUUGCUUUCUCCUGAAGAUCUAGUAAAUGCUUGUAAGAUGCUGGAAUCACUAAAGUUACCUCUGAGGUUACGCAUAUUCGACAGUGGUGUUAUGGUGAUUGAACUCUUGUCACAUAAUGAAGAAGAAAUGGUGGCUUCUGCUUUAGAGACAGUCUCUGAGAAGGGAUCUCUUACCGCAGAAGAGUUUGCAAAGCUUGUAGGAAUGUCUGUGCUUUUAGCCAAAGAAAGGUUGCUGUUAGCUGAAAAGAUGGGCCAACUUUGCAGAGAUGAUUCUGUAGAAGGCUUGCGAUUCUAUCCAAAUUUAUUUCUUACACAAAGCUGAUUAUUCAUUUGCUCUCUUUUUCUCAUAUUUAAAUAUGUUUGCUACAUGCAGUCUGAAGAAAAGAAUGUCAAGAUAUAUAUCCAUUUAUAUCAUGGUUUUACUAUGUUGUAAUAGUAGUUUUCACUGGAGCAGAGAGGAAGAGAUUAGUAGUGUGUAGAAAGAGAAUAAUACUAAUAAAAGCUUAUAGAAAUCAUGACACUGCAGCCAUUUCAGGUCUUGAGGGCAAACUGGCCGCAAUGACCUAUUUAAUGACUUUUUUUUCAAGAAGGAAGGAAGAAAGUGAAGUGAUUUUAAAAAGCAUGGGGAGGGGGAGAAUUAAUUGUGGGCUAUUUGCAAGGCCAGACAAAUCAACAAGCAGUCUUUGUUAAAUGUAGUCCCUAUUCCAUCUUCUGCCAUGGAUUUGCGUCUGCAACUUGAAAUCAAUAAAAUAUUAUCAGGAGGAAAAUAAAUUAAUUCUGGGUCAGUCUAGUGCAAAACAAUGUAAAUAAUGUAAUUUACUCUGGAAAUGCCCAUAUUUUAGGAACAAAACUUCCAUGUCUACAUUUGCUUGUAAUUAUUUUCAAAGGAAGAAUGAAUCUGUAACCAAAAAAAAAAAAAAAGUUUUGUGUGUGGCUUUGUCCUGGAUGUUAAGACAAGGAGCAUUGUGAACUCAAAUUUCCUUCCUUCUAUUCUUUGAUUGUUGAUUCCACAAAGUUUCUAUUUUUGUCUUUUCUUUUGCAUAGCUCUGAAGAAAGACAUUCUGCCAUGUGUCCUUCUAAGCCAAACAGUGUUUUAUGUUUCAUCUUUAUAUUAAAAGAUAAAGAUGAAACAUUUGUGAGAGCACUCGUUCUUUGUCUUGGAAAUGUUUGCUGGUACUGUAUCAGUUUUUAUAUGACACAAACUCAUUUGAACAAGAAGAGAACUCUUUGGUUUCACAAAUGAUCUAUUCUUUUUUAGUAAAAUUAUAUCCUAUCAAAUACCAAUAAUCUCAUUGCCCUACCAUUCAGAUAAGGUCUGUUUUCCCACCAGAUCCACAGUUCACACUUGGAUAGCCAAGAGGGUUUUAGCAUCAAGAGUGUCUAAAAUACUCAUUAAUACCAAACCAUGGUAUUAAAAUUGUCAGUAUGGCUAUUUGUAUUCAUAGAAAUCCUUUGAAUUUUUACUCUGAUAUAAAUUAAAAUUCAAUUUAAAUUUAAAUUUGUAAAGUAAAAUGCAAAUACAAGGAAUGUAUGAUUGUAUUUUCAGGUGAAUUCACUGAGAUUUUAAAACCUAGAGAGUAACAGUCACUUUGGAAUUGCAGUCUUUUUAAAGGGUGCCGUCAUCUCCCAUUUUCAUUGUAUGGUGGUCUAUAAUUUUGUUGUGGGGUAUGGCAGCUAAUUUUAUAUUUUCUAAUUUUCACUACUUUCAAAUAUUAACGUGUGUGUGAGACAUUCCUGCUAAGAAAGAACUCACAAUAUUCUUCUGUGACUACAGUUGGCAGCAAUUCCUGUGGAUUUCACAAAUCUGUUUAAAGCAGCCAGCUUUUAGAUUAUAGGUGGUAUGGUGUGAGGGGCGGGGGGUCUUCUGAAUAAAAUGUAGCUAGGUGGGCUCAUUUAGGGUUUGAAAAUACAUUGCAGUAUUAAGUUUGUUAAUUGUUCACGUCUUAAUUUGCAAAGAGAAGCAGUGUCUUUGUUCUUGUUUCUUUUCUUCAAGAAGAAGAAGAAGGCCAACCCUUCUCUUCCUUGUGUGAUUCCUAGAUUACAUUGAGGGAAGGGCACUGAUUAUAUAUCCUGUUGUUGAGACUGUGUUUUUUUGUGAUCUUCUUUGCACACUCUGUUAAAUCAAUUAAGAAACAGCCCUUGUGCCUUUUUUCUGAUAAUUAGAAAACUGGGAACGUCCCUUUUUCAGUUUCUCAAUAAAAGCGAAGUGAAAAGUAAUCCAUACAUAGUGGGAAGAAGAUGACAUAUAUCACCUUCUUCCAUUCAACCGGGAAUCUCAUCACUACGUAUUGUCUUUGGCUGCUGACUCCAAGGCUGCCAGGGAGUGGAAUUAGCCAAGCUCCUCAGGCAGUGCAAGCUCCUCGUCUCAUUCUGGGUGACAAGAGAGAUGAAAAGCCCACUGAACAUUCUUGUCCUCUGUUUAAUUGAGCAGCAUUGUUUGCCCUUAUUUGGCUGAGCCCACAGUCAAAGUUCAGUUCAUAAAACAGCGAUGGGGAGAAUGAAAGAGCAAAAACUUCCUUCUCCCUUCUCUUGCUGGUAUGGUACAAAUGCCAUAUCGGAUACGUACAGAAAUGUAUUAAAAUGGUAGCAAAUCUUAAUACAAGAAGAGUCCUGGUGAUUCAGACCACCGGCUUACAAACUCUUGUGACCUAUUCUAUAGAAUGAUGAAGCAGAUGUCUCUAGGAUGCUCACCCAAAGGACAGAAACUGCUAGUAGCGCCUGUUCAUGUUGCCUAUCAGAUAAACAUAUAGCUAUUACAAGUAGGAGUCAUUGUUUGCCUCAACCUAUGUUAAUUUGACUAAUCCCAUCUUGAAAGCACCUAAGUUGGUAACAACAACAUCUGGAAACAAAAUGCAUAAAGGGUGUUCGGUUGUCAUGUUAAGUCAUAAGGGUGAUUUAGUGGAGGAUAUGUCCAUGAAUGGUCUCGCUAAUAAGCUAGCCAUGAUCUGGUUAAACUUGGUAAGUUGAUGCAGGACUGGCUUAAUCACACCAUACAAAUCCGGGGAACAGAGCCAUGUUUUGAUAUUAAUGUAUUGCUUUGUUGGCUUUUUCAAGCCAGAGUCAUAUUUCAUGUUUAGCCCAGUUGGUGGAUCAUUAGCUGCACAUACAAACUGGGCCUUAGUUUAACUGCACUGGAUGAAGAAUGCUGGUUUCUGUUUGUCCUGAACUUCCCUCUGUUCAGUUUCGUUCAAUAACCCUGGAUUUUAGCAUCGUGAGAGAAAUAAUUUGGUAUUAUUUUACUUGAUGGCUCUUAAGAUUUAUAGCACCCAUAAAACUCAUCUGAAUAAAAUGAUUUUAUUAGAUGGGUACAUGUUGUACCUACAUUUGAAAAAGUGUCAUUUGCCUUAAAUCUGAUUUAUCAAGAUUUUUAAAAAUCAGAUGUGCUUAUUUUUCAUUCUGUUUGUCAUGCCACUUUCAUGUGGUCAGCAGCUGUUUUUGGGCUGCUUUAUUCUUUUUCUUUUUUGUCAGCCUUAUCAUUGCCAGCAAGAGCAACUAUCACACAUUGUUGUGUGUGAUGGUUUAAGCAUUAGAAAAGGAGCCCUGUAUUCAAUCACCUGGCUCUUUUAUUCUGUUGAGUGAUUUUGAAUAUAAUGGACACUUUAUAAAAAAAUAUUUUUUAUCCUUCAAGGAUUCAUAUCAGUUAGGACUUUUAUUUCCAUUCCUUGUGACUAUUCUUAUCCAGAAAUCUCCUGCCUUCUGUGAUUUUGCACCACUUUGGACAUUUUUACUGGAAUGUGCUAUAAGUAUUCUUUAAGUAGGUAAAUAUGUAUGUGGCAAAUUGGUGUCUAAAGUAACAGUUGGAAAAAAAAAA